AUGGCUGACUAUGACGUCAAAGUAGUCACAGAGCCGCCUGCCACGGGUGCUGUCUCCGACUCGGACGAACGCUCCGCAUCGAAUGCGUCCAUCCCGGCCCCGACAGGGGUGGUCCACCCGGCGCAAACUACGAAGAGCCUACCGAAGACCGGCGCCGAUGCUGCCCUCGACCUUCUCAACGAGACAGGGCCAUUAGGUCGCACUGUUGAUCCAGAGCUCAAUCGAAGACUCAAGCGCCGUAUUGAUACCCACAUCAUGCCGUUGAUCUGUAUCGUGUAUUUCUUGCAAUACAUCGACAAGACGGCCAUCUCCUACGCUAGCGUCACAGGCAUCCAGCAAUCAACCGGACUUCACGGAAACCAAUUCAACUGGGUUGCCUCCAUCUUUUUCUUCGGUCAGCUCGCUUUUGAGUUCCCAACUAUCCGACUCAUUCAGAUGUUCCCCCUAGCCAAGUACACCUCCAUCAACAUCAUCCUCUGGGGUGUCGUUCUAGCUUGUCUCGCGGCCUGCAAGAAUUACGCUGGUCUCCUUGUCUGCCGAUUCCUCUUAGGAGCGUUUGAAGCCGCUGUAGUGCCUGCUUGGGUUCUCUUCACCUCGCAGUGGUACACAAAGCAGGAGCAGGCAUUCCGCGUUGGAAUCUGGUUCUCUGUCUGUGGUGCAGCUCAGAUGUUUGGUGGCUUUUUUGCAUAUGGCGUUGCAACGCAUGUCGGAAAGGAUCCAAGUGCGGCCUUGAGGGGCUGGCAAGUGAUCUUCUUGUUCAUCGGCCUGCUGACCGCACUUGUUGGCAUCGCGUUCUUCUUCAUCAUGCCUGACUCGCCGGCAACUACAAAGUUUCUGUCUCAAGAAGAGAAGGCAACACAUCUUGAGCGAAUUCGAGAUAACGAGCAAGGCAUUGGUUCACAGGAGUUCAAAUGGAAACAUGUGAAAGAGGCAUUUCUUGACGUCACGACCUGGCUGUACGCCUUCUGGAUCUUCGCGGCCAAUAUCCCCAACUCCAUUGCGACCAGCUUUGGGAAUAUCUUGGUGCGAGGUAUGGGAUACACGAGCGAGGAGUCUCUUCUCCUCGUCACCCCUCUCGGUGCCUACGAGAUCGUAGCAUUGAUCGGCCUGACUUGGCUGGCAAUGAAGACGAGACAACGGCUUUACUGGUGCAUUGCCGGCCACAUCCCUGCCAUUAUCGGUGCCAUUCUCAUGGCGACGACUUCGAAAGUUCCCGCCUUGAUCGGAUACUACACUUCAGGAGGUAUUCCGAUCGGAUGGACGACUAUUCUGGGGCUCCAGAGUACCAAUGUCGCAGAUUCCACCAAGAAAGUCACCGUCGCAUGCACUGGCACCAUCGCAUACACGAUCGGUAACAUCGUUUCUCCUCAGACCUUCCAGGCCCGUGAUGCACCGAGAUACCUCCCCGCUAAGAUAUCGAUUUGCGCCAUUUAUUUCUUGGUCACCGUUGAUUUGUUCUUGAUGCGCUGGGUGCUGGAAAGAAGAAACAAGAAGCGUGAUGCCGAGAAGGCCGCUUUGGGAGAUGCGUAUAUGGCGGAGGAGAACCACGAGUUCUGGGACUUGACAGAUCUUGAGAACAAGGAGUUCAGGUAUGAAUUGUAA